GAUCACCUGUGCGAGCAAUUGAUCGUGGCAUUCGGGGCAACCAUCACCAAAGGAGAACUCAGAGACAGGUUCCAUAAGCGCCAAUGGCUUUAUGGAGAAAAUUUUGCCACAUACUACGAAGAAAAAAUGAUGUUGGCCAGGAACAUCAACAUAGACAUAGAAGAAUUGAAAGAGAAGAUAAUCGAGGGAAUUCCGUCCCCGGGCUUGCGAGAUCAGGCUCGCAUUCAGUGCUUCUCCGAUCCGAAGCAGAUUUUGCGUGCUUUUUCGGAGAUUCGCCUUCCGGAGCGUAUGCAGCAUGCCACAUCAUCACAAGGCCUGGCAAAUUCUUCGGCGACCAAGGACCUACGUUGCGCCAACUGCAACUCGCGAGGUCAUUUCGCCAAGGACUGUCUCAAACCAAAAAGGGAGCCUGGAUCCUGCUACGCCUGUGGGGUAUUUGGACAUCUGGUCGGACAAUGCCCGGAGAGGAAGAGCGUAACAUACAAUAAUUAUCGUGCCUCAUAGACUCUGGCAGUCCCAUAUCGUUCAUCAAGAAAAGUCUAAUCUCU